AUGAACAGGCAUUACGCCUCUCCGAAGGGCUAUUCGGCCUACCCCCGAGGGCCCAACAACCUCUCCAUCUCACCCAAUCGCUUUCAACCUCGUUCGCAACCUGCUCUCCGCCGUCGACGUCAGCUCUUCCAACGGCUACUCCUGCUCGGCGGGGUAUCACUCCUGCUAGUGAUCCUCAUCUUUCCCUCCUGGCGCGCGGCCAUCAUUCCAACCCUAUCCCUCGGUCUCCUGCAUCCCUCGGAGGACCUCCAGCUCCAAACAGUCCGGUACUAUGACCUCUCCGAAGUCCAAGGCACGGAGAAAGGCUGGGAGCGCGGCGAACGCGUCCUCAUGCUAACGCCGUUGCGCGAUGCAUCCUCCCACUUGCCAAUGUUCUUCUCGCACCUGCGCAAUCUCACCUACCCGCACAACCUGAUCGAUCUGGCCUUCCUCGUAUCCGACUCGCGCGAUGACACGCUGAGUAUGCUCACGCGCAUGCUCCAGGAGGUGCAGAAUGAUCCGGAUCCGAAGAUGAACUUUGGCGAAAUUUCCGUGAUCGAGAAAGAUUUUGGUCAGAAGGUGCAGCAGGAUGUUGAGAGUCGGCAUGGAUUCGAGGCUCAGGCGAGUCGGCGGAAGUUGAUGGCCCAGGCGAGGAAUUGGUUGCUUAGUGCGACGCUGCGUCCUACCCAUAGCUGGGUCUACUGGAGAGAUGCAGAUGUCGAGACGGCACCAUUUACGAUUAUCGAGGAUCUGAUGCGGCAUAACAAGGAUGUCACUGUGCCAAAUGUGUGGCGGCCACUCCCGGAUUGGCUUGGAGGAGAACAGCCGUACGAUUUGAACUCGUGGCAAGAGUCGGAGACCGCAUUGGCAUUGGCCGAGACGUUAGAUGAAGACGCCGUCAUUGUGGAGGGAUAUGCCGAAUACGCAACAUGGCGACCCCAUCUAGCCUACCUCCGCGAUCCCUACGGAGACCCAGAUAUGGAGAUGGAGUUGGACGGCAUUGGUGGUGUCAGUAUUCUGGCAAAGGCCCGAGUCUUCCGCGCCGGUGUUCAUUUCCCAGCCUUUAGCUUUGAGAAGCAUGCUGAGACCGAGGGCUUUGGAAAGAUGGCCAAGCGGAUGAAGUUCUCCGUGAUUGGACUCCCACAUUAUACCAUCUGGCAUUUGUACGAGCCCAGCGUGGACGACUUGCGCCACAUGGAGGAAAUGGAACUAGAGCGUCAAGCCCGUGAGCAGGAAGAGCGUGAACGGGAGCUCCAAGAGCAGGAGGACAACAGCAAGUCCAAGGCCCAGAAUGCUGCCAAGGGCUCUGACAAGGGUUCCGAGGAGGGCCCUGCCGCUCAACCCGUCAAGGACUCCGCAAAGGGCUCAUCCAACCUUUAG